GGCCAUGGAAGCAACGCUGGACCCGUAUGUGUCUAGUUUCAGCAAGGUUCCCGAGUCCUUGGCCCUUUCCAUUCCAAGCCAAUUGCAGCCAUGGCUUUCACCCACUUGUUUAUUCUCUCCUUCCUGCUCUUGCCACUGGCUACUAGGAGCUUUGCCACGGAUUGUAACUAUGCCUCAAAACCAGAGCUUGAGAAACCCAACUACUCUUCUUAUGUGCCCAAAAAGGACUAUGCAUCCAAGUCAGAGAUAGAGAAGACCAACAACACAAAUGGCUAUGGUUAUGGUUACUCCCCAAAACCAGAUUCUGAGAAACAGAAUGUGCCAAAGGCAGAGAUUCAGAAACCCAAAUCAAAUGGCUACGAAUAUGCGAAUGCCCCAAAGCCAGAGGAGAAGGAGAAGCCCAACAACACAAAUGGCUAUGGUUAUGGUUACUCCCCAAAACCAGAUUCUGAGAAACAGAAUGUGUCAAAAGCAGAGACUCAGAAACCCAAAUCAAAUGGCUACGAAUAUGCGUAUGCCCCAAAGCCAGAGGAGAAGGAGAAGCCCAAGUUACAAGACACAUUGCUCUCUUACCACGCUACCGGCAUCCAAGGCCUUAUCUACUGCAAAUCUGGUGGCAAACUCAUUCCUCUCCAAGGAGCCUUGGCCAGAAUCACUUGCCUCGCCGUGAACAUGAACGGGUACGAGUCGGCUUCUUUCUCUGUCCUAAGCCAGCCAACGGACGCCAAAGGAUACUUCCUUACCACGGUGUCUGCUCAGCAGCUCAAAGCAGCCGGAGGAGUGACGAUUACAGAGUGCAAGGCGUUCUUGGAAAAAUCGCCAUUAGAGAGCUGCAAAGUUGCGACGGAUGUGAACAAGGGGAUUAGUGGGGCUCCUCUACCAUCCAAGUAUCGCUUGCUCAGCCACAACAUCAAGUUGUUUUCUGUGGGGCCUUUCUUCUACACUCCUCAAUCCAAAUCUUCUGUCUCUGGGGGUUAUUAGAUUAUUAUUUUGAUCAAACACCAGCUCAAGAAGUUGUUGCCUUGGGUGUGGGAAUUCUUUUUAUAUAUUUUAAGAUGUUAAAUAAUUGAUUGGCAAUUCACAGUCGUGAUAUCAUUUGAUUUGUAAACUCUUUUGCUCUUUUGUUUUUGCUUUUUUUUUUUUUUUAUGAGAACUGUUUUGAGUUUUUGUAUUGGGAUCAGAUCUUGAAUGAGAAUGCUUCAUUUUGGUGAUCAUUUUAUUGGCUAUUUACUUAGUUGGU